AGCGGCGGCAGCGGCAGCGGCGGCGGGAGCUGGCGGCGCGGAGGUCCGGACGGAGGCCGAGGCCAGGGCUGCGUGCUGGGCGCCUGGGAGAGGUGUGCAGCUUCCGAUUGGAGUCCCGGGACCCCGCUGCCUUUCGGGGCCGCCAGCCUCCGACUCGUCUCCGGCACCAGCAGCUACGCGGCGACCCCCGUCCGGCCGCCUCCCCUGCGCUCCGCGUCGCCCGCAGCCUUCCGUCUGCCCGCAGACGAGCCCGGCCGGCCGGGCCGUGGCCCUCCUCAGUGCCGGCCGCCAUGGCAGGGGUGCUCGGCGCGGGGGAAAUCUAGUCCGAGGAUUUCAUGCGGCCUAGCUCGGUUCCCUCUCCUGCGCCCGCCGUCCCGGCAGCUGCCGUCAACCCAGCCCCACUUCGGGCCUCCGUGUCUCUCCUGUGAUCCUACUGACACGGCCGGGGGGUUAGAAUGGAACAAACUGAAGGCUCGAUGAGAGAAAGGGAAAGUUAAGGAUGCUGGAGCAGAACAAUGGAUUUCUCUUUCUCUUUCAUGCAAGGGAUCAUGGGAAACACAAUUCAGCAACCACCUCAACUCAUUGACUCCGCCAACAUCCGUCAGGAGGAUGCCUUUGAGAACAACAGUGACAUUGUUGAAGAUGGUGGCCAGACACCCUUCGAAGCUACUUUGCAACAAGGUUUUCAAUAUCCACCUACAACAGAAGACCUUCCUCCACUCACAAAUGGCUACCCACCAUCAAUCAGCUUGUAUGAAACUCAAACCAAAUACCCACCAUAUAAUCAGUAUCCCAAUGGGUCAGCCAACGGUUUUGGUGCAGUUAGAAACUUUAGCCCUACUGACUAUUACCAUUCAGAAAUUCCAAACACGAGACCACAUGAAAUUCUGGAAAAACCUUCUCCUCCACAGCCUCCUCCUCCUCCUUCGGUACCACAGACUGUGAUUCCAAAGAAGACAGGCUCACCUGAGAUUAAACUAAAAAUAACCAAAACCAUCCAGAAUGGCAGGGAAUUGUUUGAGUCUUCCCUCUGUGGAGACCUUCUAAAUGAAGUACAGGCAAGCGAGCACACAAAGUCAAAGCACGAAAGCAGAAAGGAAAAGAGGAAAAAAAGCAACAAGCAUGAAUCGUCCAGGUCCGAAGAGCGCAGGUCACACAAAACCCCCAAGGUAGAGCCAGAGGGACAGAAUAGACCAAAUGAGAGGGUGGACACUGCACCAGAAAAGCCAAGAGAAGAGCCAGUACUCAAAGAGGCCGUCCCGGUUCAGCCAAUACUGUCUUCUGUUCCAACAACAGAAACGUCCACUGGUGUUAAGUUCCAGGUCGGUGAUCUUGUUUGGUCCAAGGUGGGAACCUAUCCUUGGUGGCCUUGUAUGGUUUCAAGUGAUCCCCAGCUUGAGGUCCAUACCAAAAUUAACACAAGAGGUGCCCGGGAAUAUCAUGUCCAGUUUUUUAGCAACCAGCCAGAGAGGGCGUGGGUCCACGAGAAACGGGUACGGGAGUACAAAGGUCAUGAACAGUAUGAAGAGUUAUUAGCUGAGGCAGCCAAACAAGCCAGCAAUCACUCUGAAAAGCAAAAGAUUCGGAAACCCCGGCCUCAGAGGGAACGUGCCCAAUGGGAUAUUGGCAUUGCUCAUGCAGAGAAAGCAUUGAAAAUGACCCGAGAAGAAAGAGUAGAACAGUACACUUUCAUCUAUAUCGAUAAGCAGCCAGAAGAGGCUUCAUCCCAAGCAAAGAAGAACGUUACCUCCAAGACUGAAGUCAAGAAACCCCGAAGACCAAGAUCUGUGAACAGUCAGGCAGAACAGACCAGUGCUGGGGAGGUGGCCUCCUCACAGCCAAGUACUGACCUUCGAAGACAGAGCCAGAGGCGGCACACCAGCUUGGAAGAGGAAGAGCCACCUCCUGUUAAAAUAGCCUGGAAAACAGCAGCCGCAAGGAAAUCCUUACCAGCUUCCAUCACAAUGCACAAGGGGAGCCUAGAUUUGCAGAAGUGCAAUAUGUCUCCAGUUGUGAAAAUUGAACAAGUGUUUGCUCUCCAGAAUGCGACAGGAGAUGGGAAGUUUAUUGAUCAGUUUGUUUAUUCAACGAAGGGAAUUGGUAACAAAACAGAAAUAAGUGUCAGGGGGCAAGACAGGCUUAUAAUCUCUUCACCAAGUCAGAGAAAUGAGAAGCCAACUCAGAACACGUCAUCCCCUGAGACGACAUCUGGUCCUGCAGGCCCAGUAGAAAAGAAGCAGCAGAGAAGAUCAAUCAGGACUCGAUCUGAAUCAGAGAAAUCCACCGAGGUUGUGCCAAAGAAGAAGAUCAAAAAGGAGCAGGUUGAAACAGCUCCCCAGGCUGCCCUGAAGACUGGAUUACAGAAAGGUGCCAGCGAGAUUUCAGAUUCCUGUAAACCUCUAAAGAAGAGGAGUCGCGCCUCAACUGAUGUAGACGUGACUAAUUCUGCAUCCAGAGACACAUCUGACUCCGACUCUAGAGGACUGAGCGAUCUGCAGGUUGGCUUUGGAGGACAAGUAGACAGCCCUUCAACUACUGCUGACGCAGAUGCUUCCGAUGCACAGUCGGUGGACUCCAGCUUGUCACGGAGAGGCGUUGGAAAGAGUAAGAAGGACACCGUGUGCCAGAUCUGUGAAAAUGUAGGUGAUUCUCUGGUUUCCUGUGAGGGCGAGUGCUGCAGACACUUUCACUUGGAGUGCCUGGGGCUAACUGCAGCCCCCGAGGGAAGGUUCAUCUGUGAGGAGUGUGAAACUGGGCAGCACCCAUGUUUUUCAUGUAAAGUGUCUGGUAAGGAUGUGAAACGUUGUUCUGUUAAUGUUUGUGGAAAAUUUUAUCAUGAAGCCUGUGUCCGCAAAUUUCCCACUGCCAUCUUUGAGUCAAAAGGAUUCCGCUGUCCCCAGCAUUGUUGCUCUUCCUGCUCUAUGGAGAAAGAUAUCCACAAAGCAAGUAAAGGCCGCAUGAUGAGGUGUUUGCGCUGUCCAGUCGCCUAUCACUUUGGAGAUGCGUGUGUCGCUGCUGGAAGCGUAUCUGUGUCCUCCCACACUCUGAUUUGUAGUAACCAUUCCAAACGGAGUAGUCAUUCUGCCGCUGUAAACGUAGGCUUUUGUUUCGUUUGUGCCAGAGGGCUGAUAGUUCAGGACCAUUCAGACCCCAUGUUCAGUUCAUAUGCCUAUAAAUCCCACUACCUACUGAAUGAAUCAAACCGUGCUGAGUUGAUGAAAUUACCUAUGAUUCCUUCUUCGUCAGCUUCCAAAAAGAAAUGUGAGAAAGGUGGAAGAUUGCUCUGCUGUGAAUCGUGCCCUGCUUCUUUCCAUCCAGAAUGCCUGAGCAUAAACAUGCCAGAAGGCUGCUGGAAUUGCAACGACUGUAAAGCUGGCAAGAAACUGCAUUACAAACAGAUUGUUUGGGUCAAGUUGGGAAAUUACAGAUGGUGGCCUGCAGAGAUCUGCAGUCCCAGGUCUGUGCCGCUGAACAUCCAGGGCCUUAAGCAUGGUAUUGGGGACUUCCCUGUGUUCUUCUUUGGUUCCCAUGACUACUAUUGGGUACACCAAGGCAGGGUGUUCCCUUACGUUGAAGGAGACAAAAACUUUGCUGAGGGACAGACUAGCAUUAACAAGACCUUCAAAAAAGCACUGGAAGAAGCUGCAAAACGCUUCCAGGAGUUGAAAGCACAGCGAGAAAGUAAGGAGGCUUUGGAGAUAGAGAAAACCUCAAGAAAACCCCCUCCCUACAAACACAUCAAGGCUAACAAAGUAAUAGGAAAGGUGCAGAUCCAGGUGGCUGACCUGUCAGAGAUUCCCCGCUGUAAUUGCAAGCCUGGUGAUGAAAACCCUUGUGGCUUGGAGUCCGAGUGUCUGAACAGAAUGUCCCAGUAUGAGUGUCACCCACAGGUGUGUCCUGCUGGGGACCGCUGUCAAAACCAGUGCUUUACGAAGAGGCUCUACCCUGAAGCAGAGAUCAUCAAAACUGAGCGGAGAGGCUGGGGCCUCAGAACCAAAAGAAGCAUUAAGAAGGGUGAACUUGUGAAUGAAUAUGUUGGUGAAUUAAUUGAUGAGGAAGAAUGCAGACUUCGAAUCAAGCGAGCGCACGAGAACAGUGUAACUAAUUUUUAUAUGUUAACUGUUACCAAGGACCGUAUAAUUGAUGCUGGACCAAAAGGAAAUUAUUCUCGUUUCAUGAACCACAGUUGUAAUCCAAACUGUGAGACGCAGAAGUGGACAGUAAAUGGAGAUGUUCGAGUUGGACUGUUUGCUCUCUGUGAUAUCCCCGCAGGGAUGGAGUUAACAUUUAAUUAUAACUUGGAUUGUCUGGGCAAUGGCAGGACAGUGUGCCACUGUGGAGCAGAUAACUGCAGUGGCUUCCUAGGAGUACGGCCAAAGUCUGCCUGUGCAUCAGCAACUGAUGAGAAGACAAAAAGUGCCAAGUUAAAGAAAAGACGGAAAAUCAAAACAGAGCCAAAGCAAAUUCAUGAAGAUUACUGUUUUCAGUGUGGGGAUGGUGGAGAGUUGGUCAUGUGUGACAAAAAGGACUGUCCCAAAGCUUACCACCUCCUAUGCCUUAACCUGACUCAGCCACCAUACGGAAAGUGGGAGUGCCCGUGGCAUCAGUGUGACGAGUGCAACGAUGCCGCCGUCUCCUUCUGCCAGUUCUGCCCACACUCCUUCUGUAAGGGUCACGAGAAAGGAGCUCUGCUGCCCUCUGCACUAGAAGGUCGUCUCUGUUGCUCGAACCACGACCCUGCGUCCCCCGUGUCACCAGAGUACUGGAGCAAGAUCAAAUGUAAAUGGGAGUCACAAGACAGUGGGGAAGAAGCCAAGGAGUGAAUGGUGGUGACUUCCUCCCUGCUGCUCUAAGUGGAAGAAGAAAAUAGAUGACGCACUGAAAACCGAGCGGGGCUGGUGCUCUUGCCAUCAGACCGCCUCGCAAAGGGAAAACGGGAGCCAGUGCACGCAGGCUGAAGCAGCUGGUGGUGUACGGUUUUCUAUCUUGUUUUGUUGCUUUGGGGAUAAGUUUGUGGGCAGUGAAAUCCCCUUGCUCCUUUCUCGCCUUUUAUUGUGCUUCAGUGUCUUUGCAACUAGCAAAAGAGGUGUCCUCAUAUCUAGAACUGAGAGAAAGAUAAAAGAUCAAUGUAAACCCCAAGAUGUAAUCCUUGGUUGUAUUAAGCAAAAUUAGCCAUUCCUUUAUUUAUCUUCAUUUUUAGGAAUUAUGAGAAAUAGUUCAAACAAUCUAACCUCUGUGUGUGUGCGCGCGCGUGUGUGUGUGUGUGAGAGAGAGAGAGAGAGCGAGCAUGACUACCUUUAUAUACCUCUUUACAGAGCCGUAAAUUGGCUAACUUCUCUUUCCUUUUUCACUUGCCUUUUCUAGUGUCAGAGAAGGCUCUUAGCAAGUAUUCAGCCUGGCGUCUUGGAAACAAAUGCCUUGACAGCAUUUACCUCUGAGGUCUUACCUAGGCGGGCUUCCUGGUGCAGUAACUCUAUAGAAACGUGUGGGUUUGUCUUGUAGGGAAACGGAAUGAAUGCAUUCACUGAUUCUGAAAUGUCAUCCAUUUACAGAUUUUCUGAUGCCUUUAUGGUACAUGAAUGCCUAAGAGAAUGUUCAUUCCUGUCACUCUGACACACUGGCAAGGAGCUAAAGAUAAAGGCACAAACCAAAAGUUAGAUCAUAUAUGCACCAUUUUCUGACCAACUUAAAGCGGACUCCAGUCUGACUUAGAAUUUAAGGGCAUUUUAUUUUUCUGUCUUUCCCUCUGCCAAUCAUGUUUCCUUUUCCAGCUGAUCAUUCGGUCAUGUUCCCUGUAAGGCUAUAAUUGAACCUGAAUUCUAUUUCAAUAGAUUUCCCCCUAACUUGGGGUGAUAGAAGUAGACAGAGGCAUGCCCAAGCUACAUGUCCACAACUCUACCUAGUAUUAUGCAGCACUCAGCCCUGUCCCCGCUGAGUAAGGGCAAGAGCUUCUUCUUUUAGGGGUAUGUAGAGCCACGGAGACGCACUUGUCUUACAAAGCACUGUGAGCACUCCCCAGAGAGCCAGUGUUGCAGGCGCGGCUGCGAUUUUGAGCAGCACAGACCCAGGCAAACCAAGGCGUCUGCCCAGAGCUCACUGGCUUCUAGCACUUAGGAAUAUAGCUCUUCCAGUAUUACUUGUAUGGAAUCAUGUCAGACAGUAUAACACUGCACUAAAUACAAGUCUGGUGUCACCAAGAAACGUGAACUUACUCAGUGAGUUUUAACUACUUGCUGGCGGUGCCCAGUAGGACUUACUCUCCUCAAGAACCUCGUACUUCACUAACACGGGUGGAAGACACUCUGUGGCACCCUGUGGUUGUGUUAGGUGUGUUUGUUCCUUUUUUAAUUUUUUACAGAUCAGUUCAGACCUCUUCUCUGGACAAAAGAAAGAGGAAUUUUGUGCCUCUUUUUUAUAUGUAAUUGUGCAAUUUAUAAACAACAGACACUACAGGUCCUCUCUCUAAGCUCCUAAACUGCCGUUUACCUGGUUGUAGCAAUUGUAGUCCUGCUGGUUAGCAAGCCCACGGGCGGAGGAAGACAGGAUGUCCCAUGGCACCCAGGGCAGUCACUGUGAAGCACAGCACACGCAAACACUAACCUUUGCUCUUGAGCAAUUAGGAAGUUUGAUGUCCUUUAAAAAAUAAUGUAAGACUAUCUGGGUUUUAGCAUACUAAAAUUUUAUUUUAUACAGACAUGUUAAACAAUUUUUAAGUCAUUGAUAAGUGCAAAUGUAACUCUUGUGAGAAUAAUGUCCAGUAUGAAAUUGUAUCUUGUUUCCUUUCUGACCUCAUGCUUUUUAGUAUCUGAUAACUUUUAUAUAGUAAGCCCGAGGGUGCAUCAUGUGUUUACUGAAUACCUUAGGCUGAACUAUCUCUAUUUUGCUUCUCUGGUGUGGCGUAUUUGUUUUUAUAUCUGUAAAAGAACUUUGCACUUUUCAGAUCUUUUCUUUUUUGAUGACUAAUAGGCUUGUUCUACCAUUUCAGAAGCCAAGUAUGAAAAAAAGUAGUUGAGCACAGCCCACAAGCUUUCUGUGCUCCACGCCUGCCUCUGCUGUGCCCGUGCAAAGGGCCUCUUCCUGCCUCGGUGGCCGCUGUCGUGGAGUUGAGGGUUAAGAAAGCAGAAAGCUCCUGGGCAGUGUGGGCGCACACACAUGCCCUCCUGGCGCACAGCCUGGGGCCGACAGUUGUUAGCUUUUAAAUAUGCAUUCGGUAUACAGCAUUUGUGGCUGGUUUGGUUCAGCCCAGAAGGGAAAGGACUAAAAGCAGCGCAGGCCAAUGGUGGGAUUGUUAACCUCAGGAGGAAGACGAGGUUCCUGAUGAUCAGUGUAAAGCUUUUGAAGUCUGAGUGGAAAGAGCUAGAGGUGAGAGCAUGGCCUGGCACAGGCCUGGCACCUUGGAGGCCGCACUGGGCUUCCACAGUAGCUGCCUGUGCCCGGCUGAGCAGGAAGGGGCAAACGCUCUUUACCGCCCUGUGCUGUGGCCGCCAUUCACUUCUUCAAUCGCUAGUCAGUGUUGGAGUUCAGAGUGGAGCGGGUUUUAUCUUCAUUCUCAAAAACUAGCUUUCCUAAGCUGUAGAAUAGACUGUUUUCUGUGUGUUACAUAAAUAACAUAAUAUAUAUAUAUAUAUAUAUAUAACAUAUAUAUUAUAUGUAAAAAUGAGUUAGGAAUGUAUUUGAAAUAAAAAGAUAGUCGUGGAAGCGGCGCUGCCGCCCGCUGCUUUCUGUCAGUGUGUCCUGCCGAGGUGUUUGCAGAAGCGCGUAAACGGCGUGGCUCCGAGACCGGAGUGUCUGUCUGCCGAGGGGAAGCACUCGCUGGGCUGGUGGGCAGCUUUCAUGAAGCAGUUUCUUUUUUGAGUUCUUCCUUACACACUGUGUUCUCUUAGGGUCAAAGCCAGACGACAGUGUGAAAUCGUGUCACCUACCUGAAUGUGGGUGCUGGCUGUCCCGGACCUGCUGCUUAGCCUGCCCUUUUAUUUUAAACACAGCACUCCUCUGACUGCGCUCAGCUGCCACAAAGCUGGGGCACUGCCAGCCACGUGCCGUGUGCUAAUGGGAAAGCAUUGCCUGUGUGUCUCCCAGCUGGACGGCUUGUAGUUGUAUUUCUCAGGAGAUUACAAUGGCAUGGCUUUAUUUCUGGACUUGAAUUAUUUUUCACAUGGCUAUUGCAUCUGACCACACAUGGUCUCUGCUUAUUUGUAACAAAAAAGUAGACCUUGGUCCAUUUUCAGGUGGAUUAAAGGAGUAACUUGUAGGCAGCUUUGCAAUGGAUUAGCAGAUAUAGGGAAGGAAGACAUUUGUACGUGCUCAAGUAUCACCAGUUUUUACCCUGGGUGGGGUGCUGGGGGGUCUCUGGAGGAAGGGAUGGCAAUGGUGAGUGUUUAUCACGAGUCCAGUGCCAUCCCUGGAGCACUGAGACCUCUGCCUCAUUGAAUUCAGGUUCUUCAAGCACUUGAGACUCUUGAGCUGCUCAUUUCACAGUUCCCUUUUAAAAUUAUGACAGGAGAAGCAGCACUUUCUAUACUGUCAAAAAUAAAGUUCUUCCAGGGGGCGCGCAGACGCUUAGGUGUGGCAGCGCCUUUAAGGAAGAGGCUGAUGUCCUGCAUGGGGUAUCAGCAGUUUUAGAAAUUAUUUCCUAUGUUCUUAUUUUUUUUUUUCUCCUUGUUUGCCUCAUCCCAAAGUACCUCUUCCUUUUAAUAUAUGCUUGUGUAUGUGUGUGUGGGGGGGGGUGCAUUCAUGUUAUACUUCUAAAAUGCUAUCCAUAACCCGUUUCAAAAAACCAUUUCCACCAUGCAUGGUUGCACACACCUUUAAUCCCAGCAUACGCCUGUGAGUUCAAAGCCUACAUGCUGAGCUCCAGGACAGUCAGGGCUAUGUAGACAUACCCUGUCUCAAAAGGGGAGAAAAGGAAGAAAUUCUGUUGUUUGAGUUUUGUCAAUCCAUUGCAAAAGUGGCUGAUGUGAGCACUUAUUAUACCUGUGGGGGAGGGGAGUAAAAGUAUUGUUUGUCCUUCAGUAGGCUCUGAAAGUCAUUUGCCUGUAAGUUAAAGGGGAAAAUAGAAGUUGCCAAAGUCAGUAUUCGGUCCUUGAUUUUUCUUGUGACGUCACCACGACUGCUAAUGGAUGAGAAGCGCCCCAGCUUCCACUGUCCCCUUCCCUGCUGGCUGACCCUUGCUGUGUGCAAAUGGCUUUCAAGUCUCUUCAGUUUGCCUAGAUACGGUAUUGUCAGUCAAAAGGAAUAAGGAAAAUUUACACUUACUUUGUUGCCAAUUAACAUCUUAUUUUUUUGUUAUGUAUUGUUUGGUAACUGUCUUGCCACUAAUAACGUAACUGAUUACAGCUGGCUAAGAUGGUCUUUUUAUAUACAAAUAUUUGUGUAUAUUUUGAAUUGAUAUGGCAAAUUCAGUUGUAUCCAUUUGAAUGUUAUACAAUAAACAAGUAUCUGCAGAUUCCCAUCUUCAUUUUUUGUGUUCUUUGAAUAAUGUUCUUGACAGAUUGUUCACAUCUGUAUUUACCUGUAAGAAACUCUGUAGAGCCUGUGAGAUGUUAUUUUGCCUAAACCACUUGAGUCCUUACUAUAAAAGUGUCAGCAUUCACCAGUCUCUAGUUGCUGUUACCUGGAGCUCCUGACACUAAGGGAUUAGUGUUCAUCUUCUGGGGAGAUUCUACUAGAGCAUUCCUUCGAGACAUAUUUUAAGGAUUUUGUUUAUUGACCAAUGUCUUAUUGCAAAGUAUGAGCCUACCAGUCUUGGUUAACCUGUACAUAGAGGGCUCACUGUUAACUAGUUGUAGUGUAUGUAAGAUUGCCUGUAACAGUCAAGCUUCUAACUGAUGCAUACUGAUGGGACAGUUUUUGUACAUUGUAUUUACUGAAAUUUUGCCUUUUUAAUUUUACAGAUACUUUAGAAUUCAAAUGUGUUUUCUGCUUCUGUAAGAAAGAAUGUGGAAAGGUUUUUAAUGGCAUUUCAUUGAUUUCAGGUCUUGCUUGAGGUUGACUUUAAUAAAUUGUCCUGUAUGUUCCACUUAA